AUGAGCAACCUUGGCUCUGGUCUCCGCACCGUCGACUGGAACAACACUGAGCUCACCAAGUUCGAGAAGAACUUCUACAUCGAGGACAAGGCUGUCUCUGCUCGCUCUGACGCUGAGAUCGCCGAGUUCCGCCGUGCCAAGGACAUGCGCAUCCAGGGAACUAACAUUCCUCGUCCCAUCACUUCGUUCGAGGAGGCUGGCUUCCCCGAGUACGUUAUGUCCGAGAUCCGUGCCAUGGGCUUCAAGGAGCCUUCGCCCAUUCAGUGCCAGGCCUGGCCCAUGGCUCUCUCUGGUCGUGAUGUCGUUGCUAUCGCCGAGACUGGUUCGGGUAAGACGAUCUCCUUCGCUCUUCCCGCCAUGGUCCACAUCAACGCGCAGCCCCUGCUUGCGCCCGGCGACGGCCCUAUCGUCCUUAUUCUUGCCCCCACCCGUGAGCUCGCUGUUCAGAUUCAGGCCGAGUGCACCAAAUUCGGCAAGUCGUCUCGCAUCCGCAACACUGCCGUCUACGGUGGUGCCCCUAAGGGUGCUCAGAUCCGUGACCUCCAGCGCGGCUGUGAGAUCGUUGUUGCUACUCCCGGUCGUCUGAUUGACAUGCUUGAGUCUGGUAAGACCAACCUCAAGCGCGUGACCUACCUCGUUAUGGACGAGGCCGACCGCAUGCUCGACAUGGGUUUCGAGCCUCAGAUCCGCAAGAUCGUUUCUCAGAUCCGUCCCGACCGUCAGACUCUUCUCUUCUCUGCCACCUGGCCCAAGGACGUCCAGCGUCUCGCUCAGGACUUCCUGAACGACUACAUCCAGGUCAACAUUGGUUCCGAGGACCUGACCGCCAACCACAACGUUGCCCAGCACGUUACCGUUUGCACCGACUACGACAAGCGUUCGAUGCUCCUCAAGCACCUCGACCAGAUCUCGCGUGAGAACGCUAAGGUCCUCAUCUUCGUUGGCACCAAGCGUGUUGCUGAUGACCUUACCAAGUUCCUCCGUCAGGACGGCUGGCCUGCCCUCGCCAUUCACGGUGAUAAGCAGCAGGCCGAGCGUGACUGGGUUCUUGCCGAGUUCAAGUCGGGCCGCAGCCCCAUUAUGCUUGCCACCGAUGUUGCUUCGCGUGGUCUUGGUAGGUUUUCCCAUUACACUCACCUCUUGUGCACAGCUGUCGGCUCUUGA